AUGCGGAUCCCAAUCGCUGUGCAGCUUGCGCUGCUGGUGCUUCUCACCUCGCUGCUGGGAUUGACUGUUAUUUCCAUCGCAACAUGGGAGAAUAACUAUAAAUUCGUGACUGGGGUCAAAUCCCAGAGUCUGGCCCUUGGUGCCUCCCUCAAAGCCGGCCAAGUCGCCUCAGACAUCCAGCUGAUCGAAACCACCUGCACGGCUGUCACAACCCGAAUCCUUAUCCAAGAAGCCCUGCACACGUUUUACGAGGGUAACGAUACGGAUGCAAAUUGGGCUGCUGCGACUGAGGACGUGCAAUCGGCAUUGGGAAGCGGUGGCUACGCAUCUCUCUACCAAGCUAUUAUCUACUCUCGAAAUUCCGAUGGCGAUCAAGGCGGGCUACUGAAUGUGACCAGCAACUCAUUGACGAGUAACAUUACUCUUCCGUACAAGUAUAGCAACGGUUCGGCGGUUACGCUCGGCGAUCCUGGCCUUGGAUAUCCUCCUUCUCUCUACCCGAACUUGACGUACACUUUUGCCAAUGGCGUCGAUCCCGAUAAUGCUACAAGCGAGCAGGACACGGCUUGGGCCUUUCCCGACUUUCCGUUCAAUACGUCGAGCGCCCUGAUACUGGGUCCGGUAUAUUCUCGGAUACAUGACUCUACCCUCGUCAACAGCGACGGACUUGACAGCAGUGUAUCGAUAUUGCUCGUCGGACCCGCUACUGCAGAUAAUCAUUUUCAGCCAAAUGCACACCCCGCAACAAAGCGUUACCCGGAUGCUAAUGAGACUGCGCUCCGAGAUUCCCAAGCACGAUAUGUCUUUAUGCCCACAGUUCUCUCAGAUCAGACCGACCGACACAGCCAGUACCGCACUACCCAGGACGCAUUUCCCCUAAGCAAGUAUCCGGCAGUCCUCGAUGCGCUCGCCCAUCCCACAUCCAAAUCCAACAAUGCAACCAGCAAUCUCAGCACGCACAAUGAACAAGGCUACAAUGUAGCCGUGGGCGUUGCCCGACCGCAGUCGUCAUUGGUGGAUUGGGUGCUUAUUAUAGAGGAAACGCACACGCAGGCGUUUGCUUCUGUGACCGAGUUGAGAAAACUCAUUCUUGCAUGUGUUUUUGGCACAGCUGGAUUCAUCUUGCUGGUUGUGAUUCCGCUAGCACAUUACAGUGUUAAGCCUAUCAGGAAACUCAAAGCAGCUACGGAAAAGUCCAUACAACCAUCGCCGCAGAAUGACUACGGGAACGAUCCCGGUAGUGGUGACCCAGGUACUCUGGAAACACUUAAUGCGCAGUCCGCCAAACGUGGUGGUGGUGGGAUGAUUGCAGCAUUGUCAACCCUGCUGCAUGGCAGAUGGAGGAAUACUCAAGCCACGGAAAGUGCAGAAGGGCGUUCAAAGGUAUUUAAGGUGCCAGGGAAAGUCAAAGAAUCAAAGCAUGUGGUCACAGACGAGCUGACCGAGUUGACGAGUACGUUCAACGAAAUGGCUGAUGAGCUGAUGAUUCAGUAUACUCGACUCGAGGAACGCGUGGCCGAGAGGACGCGCGAGCUUGAAAUAAGCAAAAAGGCUGCGGAGACAGCCAACGAAAGCAAAACCCUCUUCAUUGCGAACAUCUCGCACGAGCUGAAAACGCCAUUAAACGGAAUCUUGGGCAUGUGCGCCGUCUGCAUGGGCGAGGACGACUUACCUAGAAUCAAAAAGUCGCUGCAAGUAGUAUACAAGUCUGGCGAUCUUCUAUUGAAUCUGUUGAAUGAUCUCUUGACGUUCAGCAAAAAUGAUAUCGACUCAGCCAUUCGCUUGGAUGAGAAGGAAUUCAACCUGGCGGAUAUCAAGUCGCAAAUAUUGACCAUUUUCGAAAAGCAGGUGCACGAGAACCAUGUCAAUUUCAGUGUGAAGUUCAUUGGCACACCGAGCACAGCAACAGAUGUAGCGAGUGCUAGGGCCGGCAAUGACGAGAAGCAGCCGAUUGUUGUGUCCGUGCCAACUAGCUCAAGACAUGCCCAUGGCCCUCCGGGGACGGGCAGGUUAAAGGACAUGCUAUUAUGGGGUGAUCAGCACCGGAUACUACAGGUUCUCAUAAAUCUGGUCAGCAACAGUCUCAAAUUCACACCAGAAGGCGGACGAGUUGAUGUUCGCAUCAGGUGUCUGGGAGACUACGAAAAGCCAUCGGAUGCAAGUACAAAGAUGUCGUUUGACUCCAAAUCCAAUUCAGGAAUACGAUCAAGAACUCCCUCCUUCCAGUCCAGAGAUACAUACAUGCCAAUGGGGGUCGGUCAGCUAGGUGGCGGUGGAAGCACCACAGGCAAUUUCGAGCAUUACCCUCGGGAGGUACCUCCCAACUACAGAACGCUAGCAUUCGCAUUUGAGGUUGAAGACACGGGGCCUGGUAUUCCGCCUCAUCUGCAACAACGAGUUUUCGAGCCUUUCAUGCAGGGCGACCUCGGCCUGAACCGAAAGUAUGGAGGUACAGGUCUCGGAUUGAGUAUUUGUUCUCAGCUAUCUCGACUCAUGGGCGGCAAGAUCCAUCUCGACAGCACAGUGGGCAAGGGAUCGACAUUUAGAGUCGUUAUCCCCUUGAAAUUCCUCGGCGAGAUGACCUCCAGCACACGCAGUUCUAGUUCAGCGGGAUCACGCCCGCACAGUGAUAUCAUAGUCACCACUGCAGAUGACACUCGAAGUCAAGCGGGCAACAAUAGCCCAGCUACAAAACCGGUUGAAAGCCAAGAUCUUCAACCACGUCUGGUUGGCCUGAGCCAACCAUUCUUUGCCCUAUCGCGCUCCCCAACUCCCCGGGGUAGUACAGUCAGCAUCGGUAACAGCACUACAUCCGACACCGACGCCAAACUCCAAGCCCUCCAUGGACAAAUCAGCUCUUCGGACGAAGGCAAAUCCACCAAAAUCCGCGUGCUAGUCGCCGAAGACAACGCCGUGAACCAAGAAGUAGUCCUGCGCAUGCUCAAACUCGAGGACAUAUACGACGUGACCAUCGCCAAGGAUGGGCAGGAAGCCUACGAAACAGUCAAAGCGGCAAUGUCAGAGGGCAACAAGUUCGACCUCAUCUUCAUGGAUAUCCAGAUGCCGAAUCUGGACGGAUUGCAAAGCACGCGCCUGAUCCGGGAAAUGGGUUAUUCGGCGCCCAUUGUGGCACUGAGUGCGUUUGCAGAAGAGAGUAAUAUCAAGGAUUGUAUUGAUAGUGGGAUGGAUAUGUUUCUGUCCAAGCCUAUACGCAGACCGGCGCUGAAGCAAGUGUUGAAGAAGUUUGCGACGAUUGUUGAGGAAGAUGGAGACGGUACUUGA